AUGUCAGCAACAACAAAAUUUGAUGCGGAGAAGGCGGAGAAUAUGCAGGAGAUUGAGCAACAAUUUUCUGUAAAGGCGGUGGAUCAGUUGGAAGCAUACUGGAAGCUCCUAGGAGCCAUUCCAGGCAGUAAGUUGAGACUUACUCCAUUUGACGAGGAGAUUUAUGAUGAGUUUAUUAAAGUUUUUCCAGAAUAUAAGCAGACAGCCAAGGUGUGUGUGAUAUCGGAAAAUGAAAUUAAAUCCAAAGAGGGUAAAGAGAGAUGGAGAGGCUUCCUGAAGAAAUUUGAGAAGAAGGUGGAAGACUACAAUUUUGGUACUAUGGAAAGAGUUGAUGCCAGCAAGGAAUAUACCGAAGAGAACACCAUUCUUGUCCUCCGGCUGCAAUUCUAUGCAUUUGAAAUAGCCAGAAACAAGCUUGGAUUGAACGACUGGGCUUGCAGAAAGAAGGCCUAA